AAUCUCCUCAUUGUCAUCAUCACCACCUUUGACAGGAGACUCCAUACCCCCAUGUACUUUUUCCUUAGGAAUCUGUCCAUUGUGGAUGCCUGCUACCUAUCAGUAACUGUUCCCCAGGCAUCUGUUAACUCUCUGGUGAACAAUAGGGUUAUUUCAAUUACAGGCUGUGCAGCUCAGGUAUUCCUAGUGAUUUUCAUGGCAUAUGUAGAGGUAACGUUGCUCACUGUCAUGGCUCGUGACCGCUAUGUGGCCAUCUGUCACCCUCUCCACUAUUCAGUGAUCAUGAAUCCCCAAGUUUGUAUGCAGAUGACUGUAACCUGCUUGAUCACUGGCCUCGGGUAUGCAGCUUUCCACACUGGUUACACGUUUCACUUGUCUUUCUGCCGGUCCAAUGUGGUCCAUCAGUUCUUCUGUGACAUCCCUUCUCUCCUCAGGAUCUCUUGCUCAGACACUUUUAGCAAUAAGUUAUUCUUAAUUGUUUCUGUACUGGUGGUUGGAGCUGGCUGUUAUGGCUUCAUCGCUGCAUCUUAUGUUCGAAUAUUUUCCACUGUGCUCAAGUUUCCAGUGAAAGAAGACCAGAAAAAAGCCUUCUCUACUUGUGUCCCCCACAUUAGUGUGGUUUCUUUAUUUGUUAUUUCAGGUAUUUAUGUAUAUUCCCAACCACCUUCUGAUUCUGGGUCUCUUAAGGGUAUCCUUCUUUCAGUAUUUUAUACUGUAGUACCACCCUUUCUGAACCCCAUUAUAUACAGUCUACGGAAUAAGCAGAUAAAGGAUGCUAUAAGAGUAUUAAUGAUGAGAACUCUUUCCUUAAGACAUAAAACAUAA